AUGCAUGUACCAUCCACAUAUUUACCCUUGUAUAGCUAUCAGAACUUUUUUAGAAAAAAUAUUGAACCGAAAUAUAGUUUAAACCCCUUUGGCAAUAUGGAAAUCUUAAGCAACAUUCCUCAGUACAACACCCACCAUUGUUCAGCAUUCAAUACAGAUAUUAAUUAUGAUAAUAAUUCUUGUAUAAAUAUGAAUAAAAAUAAUUCAUUGAAUGUUCCAUAUAAAAUGGAAAGACCUAAAACGAAUAACGCGUGUUAUUAUAAUACGAAUUAUUUCCCCAUGAUAAAUGGUAGUAAAAAUAAUAAUAUGGAAAAUGUUGCAAAUGUUGCAAAUGUUGUAAAUUAUAAAUUAUUUCUAGAAGAUAGUGUAAAGAAAGAAAGUUACAUGAGUACCUUUACAUCUACGACAUCAAAAAGUUUAAAUGAUAUAUCAUAUAUAAAUAAUGAAAAAAAAAAUAAACAAAAAAAAGAGAAAAAAUAUAAUAUACCAUGUAAUAUAUAUAUAGAAAGGUGUAGACGAGUUUUAAUUUUUGAUUUGGAUGAUACAUUAAUACCUACAUGUUGGAUAAGAUCAUAUUUAUAUUCAAAAUAUACAAUAAAUUGUCAAAAAAAAACACUGAGUGAAUUAAAAAGAGAUAUAAGGUUAAAUAAAAAUUGUAAUAUAGAAUCUACUUUAUGUGCUCUUAUGCAUUUAGCUAUAUCAUUAUGUCACACUGUGUGUAUAGUAACAAACGCAAGAAGUGAUAAAUGGAUAAAUACUGUUAAAUGGUUGUUUCCUAGUUUUACAAAAUUUAUUGAUAAAUUACAUAUACCUAUUAUAAGAACAGAUCAACGUAAUGACCCAUCAGCAAUUAAAGUGUUUGAGUAUUUCCGUUUUUGGAUGGAUGCAAAGAAGAAAAAGUUUGAUCAGAUUGUGAAACAACAUUGUAGUAUUUAUAACGAAUAUAUUACAAACAAUAUAAACUUUAUAUCAGUUGGGGAUACACGUUUUGAAGAAGUGGCAACAUAUGAGUUGCAGUUAAAUAAUAGGGAUUUAAUAAAAAAAGCUUUUAAUAUUAGAGUUCAAUCUGGGUUAUGUCUCGAAGGUUUUGUAGCUCAAUUAAAGCUUAUACAAGUUGCAUUAUCAAUCAUUACCAAGGGUUCAUAUGAUUUCAGAUAUUUGGCAUUAUCAU